AGCUCAUACUAGCAAGAACCUAAGCUAGGCUGUUUUUUCAUUAUUUUUAUUUUCAUUUCUUUUUAUAUUUAAAAUCUUGAAGAUACCUUGCCUCUCCUGCAACCGCCUUAUCUCUCUCUUUCCUUGCUCUCUUCUCUAAAUACAAAGGCUUUACAAAGCUAAAAGAGAAGCGUUUUAAUGCCUACCAACCGCCUUUAAGCUCUUACCUUUCUUAAAAAUCUUGUAGCUAAAAGGGUUUUUAUUUCUUUGUUUCCCAAACUAAGAAGCAUAGAAGUUUCAGUUUUCUUUCAUCUUUUUUUUUCCCUUCUGUUUCAUUAAAGGAUGAAUAAACAAGAUGUCAUGAAGUUUCAGACUUGGGUUCUGAAAGUUAACAUACAGUGUAGCUGUGAUGGGUGUAAGCAGAAAAUAAGGAAACUAUUGCAGAAAGUUGAUGGGGUGUAUACCACUAGUAUAAAUGCUGAGCAAGGGAAGGUAACAGUGACUGGUAAUGUUGAUCCGGUUAUACUCAUUAAGAAGCUGCAGAAGUCAGGGAAACAUGCACAGCUACUGGGAGGGGCUCAAAAGGGUCCAAACAAUUUCCCAAACCAGCUAGCCAACCAGUUCAAGAACAUGAACUUGGAUGGUGGCAAAGGUGGGAAAGACAACAAAUCCCAAAAGGGUGGGGGUGGUGGUGGUGGUGGUGGUGGUGGUGGGAAUAACCAGCAGAAAGGUGGGCAGCAAUUUACACACCAACAGAUACAGCAAAUGAUGAUGCAAGGGUUUAACCCUUCCAAAGACCAGAAAUCUGUGAAGUUUCAGUUGCCUGAGGAUGAUUUAGAUGGAAGUGAUGAUGAUUUUGAUGAUGAGUUCGAUGAUGAAUUUGAUGAUGAGUUCGAUGAUGAGUUUGAUGAUGAUUUUGAUGAUGAGGAAUUUGGUCAUGGACAUGGCCAUGGGAAAGGGAAUCAGCAAAUGCAAAACAAGAUGGUAGCUAUGGGGGGAAAAGGGCCAAAUGGCAUGAUUAAUGGCCUUGCCAUGAAUGGUAAGAAAGGAGGUGGUGGUGGUGGGGAUAAUGGUAAGAAAGGAGGAGGUAUUGAUAUGCCUAUGUUAAUGAAAGGCAUGGGGGAUUUUGAAGGUGGGAAGCAUGGUAAUGGAGGAAAGAAAGGAGGUGGUGAAAAGAACAAAGGAGGGAAAGGAAAAAAUGGGGAAGGAGAUAAAAAGAGUGGUAAAAAAGGAGGUGGUGGUGGUUUGCUUGGAUUUUUCAAGAAGGAUAAAGGUGAAAAAGAUUUUUCAAGUACGGGUAAAAAUGAAUGGGAUGGUAGUGGUGGUAAAAACAAAGGUUCCCACAAUGGAAAUGGAGGCAAUGGUGGUGGUGGAAACAAUAAUGGCAAUGGAGCUAAAAAGGGUGGAGGCAAAAAUGGUGGUGGUGGGGGCCAUGAGAUGAUGAACAAAAUUAAAAGUGGUGGGUUUCAAGACAUUGAUGUUAUUAAUAAUGGCAAAGGAGGUGGGGGUGGGGGUGGGGGUGGUGCCGCCGGCGGCGGUAAGAAUAUGGGGCAGAUGGGCCAAAUGGGUGGUCAGAUGGGUCACAUGGGUUCAAUGGGUGGUCAGAUGGGUUAUAACAUGGGCCAAAUGGGAAACCAUCCGAUGAACCAGAUGAGUAAUUUUGCUGCAGUGCAAGGACUACCAGCAGCAAUGAAUAAUGGUGGUGGGUAUUAUCAAGGGAUGGGACCAGGAAAUCCUUAUAAUCAGCCUCAAUAUAUGGCAGCCAUGAUGAUGAACCAACAACGUGCAAAUGGAGGGAUGUAUCCACCCAUGAUGUAUGCUCAUCAACCAUAUCCCCAACCAAAUUAUGGACCUCCACCCAUGCAUCCACCCCCAUCUGAAUCUUAUGCUCAUUACUUCAGUGAUGAAAACGCAAACAGCUGUAGUAUCAUGUAAAAUUUUCCCCAUUUUAGUGCCAUUUUCUCCCUUCUUUGCUUUUGGGUUUUUCUUUUUAGGGUGCUUUUUAUACAUGCUUUGCGAGGUUCAAGAAGACAUUUGCUUAUGUUUUUCUUGCCAAUGGAAAAUGUUUAGUUUUCCCUAUAGUCAUUCCCCAAACAGUCUUUGGGUCACUAUGUAGAAGAGAAGUGUAGUUAAAGUUUGAGGGAUAUAUAAUGAAGUAUAUAUAGUUGCUUUCUCAAAAGAUGUACCAAAUGUAGGUUUUUAUGUAUUGUUGGUUUCAAAUAUAAAAAAGAACAUGGUUGGGCAUCAA